CUUCCCUCUUGGUAACAGUUCCGCUUUCCCUUGGUGUUUUGCUGUAGUCAGCUGAAAAGCCAGACAUUGAGAUCAUGUUCCAGUUGUUUCUGGGCAUCUCUGGUAUUCAUCAGCCCCUUUUUGCUGUCCUACGUUGCUAUGACGAAAGGAGUCAGCAAUGACUGAUGUGGAGCCUGUGGUCACAGAUUUUGCAGCAUCAGGACGGGCAGGGCGCCGCAACGCCUUACCAGAUAUCCUGGGCUCUCCUGCUGGUGCUGGGACUUCAGACCUGCCACACAAACUGGCUGAUCUCUCUGUUUCAGAAGAUGCAGGAGCAGAGGGUGGAGAAGUGCCAUCAUCCAAAGCCUUGCUGGAAAGUCAAGAGGCGGAACGAAAAAGCAAUGAUUCCUAAUACCUAAGGACUGCUGGGUUAAUGAAACCUAUAAACAGACUUUCCAGCUUCCCUGUGUCACCCUUUCUGAAGUGUGGUAGCAACUUUAGGAGCAUAGACAUGGUUUUGCAAGACACUUGUAUCUAGAUGACAUUAAUGUGGAUGACAUACUGUUUUUAAUACUGUCAUCCUUCAAAACCAAUGUUCUACACAUCCAAAUGGGAAGAGAACUAAAGAAUGUAUCUCUUGUUUGGGGUUUUGUCAUGGUUAUAGUAUUCAUCCUAACUAAUCUUCUUUGACAGUUCCAACUAACAUAUUUAGCAGAUGUUCCAGGAAUGAUUGUUUCAAAAUAAAAAUCCUGUAUCUUAAUUUCCUAAAACAGCUUUCUUCUCUCUGACACAGAGGUGGAUUCACUCUCUCCACCAUGAUAUUAAGUAUAUAUUAGAUUACAGACAUUAUCUGUAUUUAUCUCCUGAGAUUUUUGUUCUCAUUAGACAUAUAUAGAUGAGUGUGAGAAAUUAAAAAAAAAAUGUUUUCUUUCCUUCUCCUGUCUCCAAAAGGUUUUGUAAACUACUUAAACACCACUGUUUGUUUUCAAACUCUCCUUAGCUCUAUUUGAUUAUGGCAUAUCAUCUCAGUUCUCCCACUCUUACAGUCUUGCCACUUCUGUCAUUUGUUUUCAGGCUGAAUAUUGUAGCUGUUCAUGUGUAUCUAAAAUAAAGUAGCCAUGUUUGUAUAUGAUGAAUAUUGUUUAAUCUCACUGUGGAAAUUAAUUAUCUAUAAUCUUUUCUGUCUUGGGUUGAUUCCUUGAUGUUUCUCCUGUAUGACAAAACCCUAUAAUACAUGCUUCUUUUAUUUUAUCUAGAGUUUGUUUUAUUGUUUGCUGACAAUGAAGAUGUUUCAAUCAUUGUGAUUUUUACACAGAUUUUAAGUAAAGCUUUUUGUCUAUUGAAAGGAAUUGUUUUGCUGUCGAGGUCAUGCUCCUGAAAAUACUUGGCAUUCAUUCCCUUAUUGUAGGAGACCUAAGAUUCAGGUACAGGCAAGCACCUUCACUAUAGCCUGGGUAGCAGCCACUUACAUACAUCUUGAAACCUAACCAACACCUGCAAUCGAGUGCUUUUCUUUGCCCACUGUUGCGUUGUAGCCAGACAGAGGAAGCAUUUUUGAUGGGUACAUUCCACAUUUGACUGGUAUUCCAUCUAUAAAAUAUCUGUGUAUUCUGCAGCUGGCAGAGAACUUGUAAGAGGCCUCUGUACAACUUCCAUUCCUGCUGUGCGCUUACUCAUGCCCUGCUGUUUGGGGACUAUUCAAUAAAGGAUCCAGUUUCAACUGAA